AAAACCUGCAUACACACCGGCCAUUUGCGGAUAAGAUUGGGCACCCCUGGUUUAGACUGACGUCUAGGCAAAAUGCCGAAUACCAUAAUUCCGUUAGCUACCCAGACUAGGGCAGUCCCUAUUUCCCCUACCUAUUGAGUUUAAUUUGUAUGUUAGGACGUUUUAGUUGAUUAAUAAAUGAUUAAUGCAAAAUUGAAUGCAUAAGGGUGUAUUAACUUGUUAGUGUACCUGAGUACAGGUCAGGGCGUUAUGGACCCCCCUGAGUUCUCGGAGGGGCGACCUCAGGCUUACUGUGUGGACCAGGGCUUCACUGAGGCCAUCAACCAGAAGAUGCAAGUGCCUGAGCGACUGAGUGUGGGGGUGGGACCCAGAGAAGAAGGAACAGAGAAGCUGGAGGACUUGACCCUGGCCUACAGGAUGCAUGUCCCUGACAGGCUGUCUCUGGCAGCCAUGGACUUGAACCCCAGGCCGUUUUUCUCCACCUCAUUCAAGCACAGUGCUCCCCCCCAUGUGGGUUUGGCGUGGGACGUCCAGUCUCCGAGUCGGGAUCGGUCGACGUUGUCACGAGACCCCCCAGUGAGCCCCCUGCGGAGGUCGUUCAGUGACCAGACCAUUAACUGGAGUCCCCCUGUGACCCCAACCGCUUCCAAGCAGAUUCGUCAAGCACCUCCCAUCCGCAGCACAGGACGCCCUCCACAGUGGGCGGGACCUCCUACCAUCUCACCCGGCCUCCUGACCCCGCAGCAAAUGCUCCAGGCCGCCAAAGACCUGGGUCGCCUGGCCUCUCAGCGUGUCCUGCAGUCUGUGACCCAGAAGUACAGUUCCAGGUCCAGCUGCCCAGAGAACCCCCCCACUGCCUUGACAGACACUCCCAGCACCACGGGCCUCAGCCGGAGAAGUACCACAACGGAAUGGCUGGCAGAGGAUGACGACGGGGGCAAUGUCGAGUUCCUCGUUUUACGGAGACAGGUGGUGAAAAUGAACCGACGGCUGGCAGCCCUGGAGCGGCAGAACGCGGAGCGUCGGCAGAGCGAGCAGCUGCUGUUCUCCCUGCUGAUUUCCGCCUGUCUGCUCAACGGCUGGCUCUGGCUGCGCAGAUAGUAGCCCGCAACUGUGUAGCCGCACUGGGGUCGCAGAUACGCACAUGCAGACGGCAGAAGAGCGGUAGAUAGCUGGACAGGUAGGACCGAACUCAGCCCGUGACCUCCGUGACCCCGGCAUGGUCUAUGUCAUCAAGCAGGACUUCAACCCAACAACUGUGCUUACGAACUGAAACAUGGACGAAGGGUAAAUAUAUCAAUUUGCGAUGUGUGUAGCAACUGAAAACAGAGCAAUAUGAGAACUUUUCAACAUCUGGAUGAAAUGCAAGUUUAUCGCACGUGGCCAUCAAUACGUUAAUGGUAGUUGCUGUAGUUGGAUAUUUAACAUGCGUUUUUAGUGUCUCAUACUCCUGUGAAGACUUUAAUUUUUAUCAUCAUUUUAUCAUUGUGAUGCAUGCACUGUUACGAUUACUCAGCACCGUUAGCUUGCUGUUAAUAAAUAAAAGUAUUUGUUCGAAGAUUAAUUUCCAACUCA